AUGGCCCCUGUGCGCCUUCGCCAUCCAAAGGGCGUGUCCACCAUCGAGGUUCUCUUGGACGCACCCGACUUCACCAUCCUCGACCUUCAGCAAGAAAUCUAUGCAACCACAAACAUCCUUCCCUCGCGCCAGAUUCUCAAGGCCGGAUACCCGCCCCGCCAGCUAACUAUAGUUCCUGAUCUUCCACUUCAGGCCCUGGGUCUGCAGCGGGGAGACCAGAUCAUCGUUAACGAGGCCUCUUCAGACCAGGCCCCCCCUCCCCAAUCCCAGUCGUCUUCCGUCCCAGCGAGGUCCCCACUAGCCCCAGCACCUACCCAAACAUACACCGCUCCUGCUCCGAUACCACGAUCUGUGCCAGUACAACCAUCUCCUCCAGUCCAGUCGUCCGGGCCAGACAGCGUAGAGGUCGAUGGCAGCUUCCUCGUACAUCGGAUUGUUCCAGACGACAACUCGUGUCUCUUCUCAUCAGUAGCACUUGUGUUCGAACAGAGCAUAUCGAAAGCUCAGCAGAUUCGCAAAAUCGUAGCAGAUGGCAUCCGUAACAACCCAGAGACCUAUAACGAAGCUAUUCUCGGAAUGCCACCUUCCCAAUAUAUCGCCACAAUUACCAAGCCCACUUCCUGGGGAGGCGCGAUUGAGCUUAGUAUCAUAGCAGCGCACUACUCGGCCGAGAUAGCCAGCAUCGACGUCGAAACGGGACGGAUCGACCACUUCUCGCCGGGCGAGCACGGCGCCGCUUCGGGCAUGCGCGCGAUCCUCAUCUACUCGGGCAUACACUACGACGCCGCGACUCUCGCACCCAUGGCCGAUGCCCCUGACGAGUGGCACCAGACACUUUUCCCUAUCCUUUCAGGUGACGAUAACUCGGAUCCUAUCCUCGUCGCAGCGAAGAAGCUCGCAGACAUCCUUCGCUCCAAAAAGGCCUUCACUAAUACCUCGACGUUUGAUCUCAGAUGCGAGGGGCUUAAAGGCGAGAAGGGUGCUCGAGCCCACGCAGAACAGACUGGUCACGUCCGCUUCGGAGAAUACUAG